GUGUUUUGAAGUCCGUCCGAUAAUAUUUAACGAUAACAAUUACAUGUUUCGUUCUAAGUAUAUGUUGUUUUAAGGAAGACAUGUCAUGUUAGUUUGUUCUCAGUGGACUUAGUGUUAGUGUUGUUUUGUAUAGAAAGUGAUUGGUCAGUUUUGUGAUUCUUGAUCGUUGUGCUGUGCUCCUUCUGGUUCUUAGAGUAUCGGACAUCGGCCACAAUAUAAUCCAAGAUGCGUUCCUCAUCGCUGUGGAGGAGCAGGCUCGGCAGCGGCUGCAGCGGCUGUCGGCGCUCAAACGGAUCACUCCCGUCGAUAUGUCUAAACUAUCAGUAGAACUUAACAAAAGGAAAAGAACACAGCCUGAAAACAGACAGGAGCUGAAUGGUUACAUAGCAAACUCUACCGUAUAUGUUACAUCCAUAAACGAAAAUGGAGCAAUAGAAAGCAAACCGACAAUAUCAUCACCGAAAUCACAACCCAAAUCGUUGCAAUCUAAACCAGCACCAGUAAUAGCUAACGGCAUACAAACCGAUAAAGAAAAGAAAAGAGAGGUCACCGAUGUGAAAGAAGAAAAAGUGGAGCCCGAGAAACACGAGAAGGAUUCAAGUGAGAAGAGUUUAAAUAAUAAAGUAGAAAGUGAAGUGAAAAUCGAUAAAAUCGAAAGUGAAGUGACUUGUGAUAAUAAAGAUAUUAGUAAAAGUGACGCGUACAGUGUUGCUAGGGAGCACUUGAAUAACGGAAGAAGUGAAAAACUGUUGGGUGAGCCUGAUCACAGGAUCCGUGCUACUGUUGUUGUUGAGAACAAUAAAUUAGCAACAGGCGAGAAAGGGUGAGUUAUAUGUAUUAAAAACAUCUUUGAAUAUCUUUAUGGAAAUCAAUAGGAUAUUUUUAGCUGCGAUCGAACUAAAAACGGACCGAAUAAAAAGCGGAUUAUACCGUGAAAACGGUUAUUUCGAAUGUAGCACGAAAAACGUUAUAAUAUAUCACCACAGCUCAGCGUGCAAUCAAAUUUCGAUUUGUUACAAUCAAAAUUACAUCUUGUUUACGGUUAUAGUGACCUUAUCAAGUGAAUGAACUAGGAAGCCGUAUUGUCACACUCCGGCCAAGGUUUCUAACGAUCGCUGCUGAAAGAUAUUAUCUAUUAGGGCUACGAAAAUCAUUAAUUCUUUUUUUACUACUAGGGCGUUUACAAUAACGAAGUAUCAGAAUAUAUGAUUUAAUGCGUGAUAUUCCUUUGAUGAUAAGUUAGACUAACACUUAUUC